AUGAUAGAGAAUUCUGGUGCACAAUUAUCACAUGUAAGAGAUCCAAAUCAUGUGAUAAAAUCAGCAUUUUCAAAAAUUGUCACUAAAUAUCCUAAAUUUGAAAAAAUAUUUAGGAUCCUUUUUGCAUGCCCAACAUUAAAACCAGAGCAAAAGGUUCAGAGAUGGAUGGGAUUAAUUAAUAGAUAUCCAGGAGAAUCACCAGAGCAUAUCGAAAAAAGAGAAAUUAUUACAAAUAUUGCUCCAUUGUUUCUAAGAAUCAGCAAACAAUAUCAUACAAAUUUCAACGAAGCUUUCAAUUCAUUGAAAGCCCAUUUAGUCCCAAAAAAUCUUCGUUGGAUUAUUGGAUUUCCAGCCAGAAUUUUUGUUUCUGUAUUUGCGUAUAAUGAAGACAAUUGGAAGACAAAACUAAGAAGAUUAAUGGGUAUAGAUGAUUCUUAUUUUGAUGAAGAUAUUUUACAAGUUAUAUUAAAUUUCGAAAAUAAAUCCGAUUAUGACCAUAUCAGAAGAACUUCGGAAAACUACAGAAAUCAUAACAGAUGCGUUCAUUACAUUCCAGAUGAAAUUGACCCAGAAUUCGCUGACUUAGUUCCUCAUAAACCGUCAAAAGAUGGAUCCAGAUCCGAAAAAAUUGAAUACACUGACGAUGAGGAUCCGCCAGCGGAUGAAGAACCGUCAGAAUCUGAAAAUCUUUCACUUCCAACAGAUUAUCCAAAAUUCAACAAAAAAUCUAUAUUUGGUUCCGAUAUCAAAGUACCACCAGAUUGGAAAAGGUUUUCAUUUUUCUUCAAGGCGAAGGAAAUUCCAGAUGAUCCUCAAGAAUUCCAAAAUUUAUUAUCCAAAUUUAAACAAGAUCUUUAUAAUACGUACUCGUCUUUAAUUCGUAUUAAUGAAGAAAACAUCUCGGCUGUUGCAGUUUACGAUUCUCAGCAAGCAAAAGAAAUUAUGAAUUCAGCUUUUACUGAUUUUCAUAACUUUGAGAAAAUUAAGAUAAACGCAAUCAAUUAUCUUAACGUCCUCAGCCACAAUCCACCAUCUCUUGAAAUGAUAGCAGAUUUUCAUCCUGAUUUGAUACAACUUCCACAGACACUCAGAAAAACUCAUGAUAAGCCUAAAAAACAAAAGCUUGGUAUCAAGCUUGGAAAAAAUCUCAGUUUUCUUGCCGUUAUUGUUCAACUUAUUACAUUUCGACCAUUAAUGCACAAACUAUUUGACGAAUUAUUCUCUAAUCCCAAUGAGCAACAGUUAAUAUACAAAGAAAUAUUAUCGCUCACAAAUCGGAACUUUUCGGAAAAUGCAGAUGUUACUUAUCUGUAUCACCUGUACUCGAAACGGCAAAAGAUACAUCAAGCUGAUCCAAUUGAUGCUUUCAAACAAUUACAAGAAUCGCUUGCAUGUGAAGCUAGGCAACUAGAUCUUAUUGAUUAUUUCAAAAAAUUCUGCUGGGGAUUUACAGAUAAAAUUGACAUUCCUCUUGUUAAUAAUAACGAACUUCAAGUUACUCCUACUUUUUCAGAUUAUCUUUUUAUUGAUGUUGCUGGUUUUACGUUUCCAUUGGAUGAUUACACAUGGAAUAACAAUCCAGCUGUAAAAUCCAAACUAGUAGCCAUAAUAACUUAUCACAGUCGACAAUAUAAUAUUAUUAUUUUGGACGAAAACAUCAAUUCAUGGAUUCUCUUUUGUAAUACCAAAAUAUCUUACAUUCGUGAUGAGGAAUUGGCGAAUAAUUUAAACAAAGGCGCAUAUAAUACACCGAAAUAUUUGAUUUUCAAAAAAAUUUAG